AUGGAGGAGGUCAGAGAUGGAGGAGGUCAGAGAUGGAGGAGGUCAGAGAUGAUGGAGGAGGUCAGAGAUGAUGGAGGAGGUCAGAGAUGGAGGAGGUCAGAGAUGAUGGAGGAGGUCAGAGAUGAUGGAGGAGGUCAGAGAUGGAGGAGGUCAGAGAUGGAGGAGGUCAGUGAAGGAGGAGGUCAGAGAUGGAGGAGGUCAGAGAUGGAGGAGGUCAGAGAUGAUGGAGGAGGUCAGAGAUGGAGGAGGUCAGAGAUGAUGGAGGAGGUCAGAGAUGAUGGAGGAGGUCAGAGAUGGAGGAGGUCAGAGAUGAUGGAGGAGGUCAGAGAUGGAGGAGGUCAGUGA